UGGAGCGACUGCGCUCCAGCGUGCCGCUAGCGCACGAUCAUGCCUGCGGCCGGUCCGUGUGUGGGAUGCUGUGUAAGUCCGCGCUUUGCGAGAGGGACAGGUGUUUGGGUGCCGUGUUAAAGAAACGCUUCAAAAACAGGGGGAAUUAGUGGAUUAGUGAGCAGACAGCCACACAGUAGCGGCUGUAGCGCUCUGCAUCUGCAGGCGCGGAGGGUUUCCCCCCCUCCCGCUGUAAUAUUUAUGACAAAACGGAGGCGAAAUAUUCUGGUCACGUUUUUGGCUGACAGCCGGCUGUCCUGGAGAGCGCUGGAGUGGAUCGAGGGUCCAGUGCUGGAGAAGGCGCAGCGCACCGACACCUGCAGUACGAUGUAAAGGGAAUUCCCACGAACAAAACUGCUACAACCUCAGAUCUGGUUAUCAUCUCUAACGCUGUCUCAUCUGAGCCAGAGUGAAAGGAAACAUAGACCAUGGUCAGGUUUGGCGGCUGCUGUUGCUAUGCAUGAAGGACCGCUGUGGUGUCAAUGGAGACUGAAGGCUAUCGUGACCUCCUGGAGACCAGCGAUGGUCAGGGGGUAGGCCUGCUGGAUGGAGGGGGAGAGGUGGGUGUGGAGGAAGGCUGGAACACACCCUAUCCUGUCGGUUUCCAGGUGUCGUUGACCACUGUCCUCGUACUGGAACUCGUGUUGGGCUUCAGCAGCAACUUGACAGUACUUGUUCUCUACUGUGCUCAGUCCAACCUGGUAGAUUCAGUCAGCAACCUCGUGACGGUCAACCUCCAUGUGCUCGACAUUCUGGUCUGUGUGCUCUGCUUGCCGCUGACGGUUGCUGUGAUCCUGGUACCGGCAAAUGAAAGUGGAGUAAGCAGCCUGGCCACACUUUGCUGCUUCCAUGAAGCUUGUGUCACAUUUACAAGUGUUGCUACAGCAGUCAAUGUAUUGGUGAUCAGUUUGGACAGAUAUGACAUCUCAGUGCGUCCAGCCAGUCGUCUCCUGACGCCUAGACGUGCCGCAUUACUCCUGGCAGCAGUGUGGGCCGUCUCUCUGGCUGUUUUCUUCCUACCCUUUCUUGAAGGGGACUUCUUCUCUUUAUCGGCUGAGGGUACUGAGGAUGAGGAGCUCGAAAGGCAGAGCAAUGACUCAGAACUCAACACUGGGCAUACUCCCAUUUUUUCUUCCGUCCCUCCUUCUUUAUUACCCUACACUCCACCCUCCACUCCUUCGCACCACCUGCCACCAGUAUGGCAAAAUAGGACACUGCUAUGUGUUGGAGGGCAGGGGUAUUACACAGGUAUGGCAAUGUAUUAUCACUUGUUACUCCAAGUACCCUGCUUCUUCAUAGCUGUGGCAGUGAUGCUUUUCACCUACUCCAGGAUUCUCCAGGCCCUCAACAUCCGUAUCGGCUCCCACAUGAUGAGGAACACACGGUCAAAGGACUCCACCUGCAGGAUACGCUGCAGGAGGCAGAGGAAGAAGGAACUAAGCCUUCCAACAGAAACAGUGUCCUCUAACCAAAAUCAAAACCUCAGUCACCCUCCACUCAUCCCCUCUGCUACCCCUACUCCAACAUCACCUCCACCAUUGUCUUCCAUGCCUCCAGGGAUGUCAGAUAGUGGGGCCACAAUAACUACUGUGAGCACUGCUGCAACCACCCCUAUUGCGACCACCCCAGCGACCCCUGCUUCUCCAACUCCCCCUUCGGCGUCAGCUCGAACCCAUGCCUCCACACCUCUGCCUGCCUCAUCCAUGGGUGUACAGGCCUCAGUUUCAGCUAUCAUCGCUUUGAGAAGGGCAGUACGCAGGCACAGGGACAGACGAGAACGUCAGCGUCGCGUCCUGAAGAUGUCCCUGAUCAUCAUAUCUACUUUCAUGGGUUGUUGGGCCCCUCUGUCUGCAGUCAAUGUUCUGAUCCUUUGCAUGGGCCCCAGUGACGGCCUGGUUGAGCUGCGCCUGUGCUUUUUGGCCAUGGCUUAUGGAACGACCAUAUUUCACCCUCUGCUUUAUGCUUUCACCAGGCAGAAACUGCGGCGUGCCCUCAAAACACGUGUAAAGAAAAGGGUAGUAUCGCUCCUGCAAGUAGACCCAGCUCCCAGCGGGGGGACUGUGAUUCAUAACUCUUGGGUCGAAGGAGGAGGCCAGAGAAAGGGUCGCAAGUCACGGGUGGAGGCUAGUGAUGGCACUGAUAGAUGCCUCACUGAGGCAGUCAGAGAAUGAGGCGGCUCGUCAAAGAGCAGUUGCAUGUCUGAGAGUGGUGUUUGAGUUUAAACAUCUAUAUGGACCUUACUAAGCUGAUAGAGAUGGAUUGCUUGUACAUUUAUGAGUGGGUGUGAGGACAAAUGAACAGCAUAUAGUUUACAAGGAUCAGAACAAAUACUUUGUCCUCCAGUGUUCGGCAAAUGUGGAAAGAGGAGAGCCUCAAGCUUUUAUGAGAGCCAUCUUUUUGCUCUCCUUACAUAAGCCCUUACAAGUCCACCACUGCCAGUAGGCAAACAUUAUAACAAACCUUGAGAUGACUACUCCGAUUGCUAGUGUGAUCCCUUCAUGUAACAUAAGGGUUAAAUAUCUGCAAAGACAUACAAAUCAGUAUUGCUCCUCCGUGCACUUUUACCUGCAUGUGCAUGUACAUAUGCACAGUUUAACACACAUCACACACACAUGCUCUUAACGCACAUAAUAUAGUCACUAUAUGUGAAAGCACACAAGUAUCUACCUGCACACAUGUUCUCAGUGACAUUAAUACUUCUGAAAGACCUUUAUCUUUGUUUUCAUUAUUUUCAUGCCUUAAUUGAGUUAUUUGUAUAUUGUCAUGGUGCUGAAUGUCCAGCUGUGUGUUUACAACAAUGUUAUCAACACAGAAUGAAAGUAUUUACAUUGAUUGCAGAAAGAAUAACAAAGUACUGCACCAAUCAGGGAUAACAUUAUGACCAAGUGAAGUUAAUUACUCUGAUUAUCUCCUCAUUGCGGUACCUACUAAUUCUGGAAGACAUUUACAUCGUCUGUAUGAAAAGACAAAUAUCCAUUCUUCCUCACUGUCUGACAUUAAAUCAGACAAAACUUUUUUUUCUGUUUUUUUUACUGUUUUUUUGAAUCCAUAAGAUUGUAGGGAAUGACUUUGUCCAUUUCAAGACCCAUUUGCAACCAAGAUUUAAAUUGCUGGUCUUAAAGGAAGGUUAUUGUAAACUUUCCAGUCAUAUGGAGAAGGAAAAAAAAGGAAAGCAUAAGGUCUCGAGUGAAUUUAAUAACGACUAAAUUUCAAUUGCUAAAUGAAUGGGUCAGUAUUUCUUAUAAGCCUUGUUGAUUGCUAUAUGUAUCCAAAGUGGCUGAUGAAGCAUUACAAAUUGCUGCUUUGCCAGAGAUUUGACUCCAGACUUUGACAUCUUUGCUGCCUGUCUUCUCCCUCUGUUCAUUUUCUGCCUGAUUACUGUCAAUAAACACAAUCUGCAGAAGAAAAUGAUGAAGAGAACAUUCAAAAGAGUUAUGGGUCGCUAUGGCUGUGUGAUUCAAAUUGAUGUUAAUGUUCAAAUUAAUGUUCAUUCUGAUUCAAAAGCUGUACAUACCUAUCAGGGUACUCAUCCUGGUCAUAAUGUUAUGUCUGCGUGUAAAUGAUUAAAAGCAUCGAAACAUAAAGUUUACAUACUCUGAUAAAAUUACCAGGAAAAAGCAAAAACAAAAGAAAGAAAUGAAGAAAAAACAAUCAGAUUCUAGUCUAAUUGUAGGUUAGUGGCACUUUUUAGAAAAAUGUGUACAAAAUUUAGUUGAAAGGCAUGUUUUUAUUUUUAUUUUUCAGAUGCAUUUUAAUGGUUAUGACGAAGGAGUCUUGUGUGAUUUUGUCAGUAUGUUUGCACAUUUGUAAACACUGGGUAAAUGAAGACAUAUCUGUGUUUUAGCCAAUGAAUAUGUGCAAUAAAACACAAGUAAAGCAAUGACCCCCACCUAGGGUGUAAACAAAGAGAAUGCUUUGUUUUCUUUUUUUUCUAUGUGUUAUAAAGUUGUUGGAAAAGUACAAAAGGGAGGGGACUCUUUUGUCUUCUUUUUACAAAGAAGAGGUUGCUGAAUAUUAAACGUAUAAAUAAAUAUGUGGCGCAUUUUUGUAUUUAUAUGUAUAUGAAAAUUCAAUGUAAUACCAUUGUAACAGCAUCACAACAGUUUCAAAGAGGGAUUUAAAGGGCAAUACUUUGUGAAAUAUUUCAUUAGAACUGUCUGUGAAGCCAGUGCAGAUUAACAGCAUAAACUCGAGGAACCAAACCAAUGACCUCUAACAUAGGACUCUCCUCAUGUUAUCUCUUAGUUGCUCUGGACGGCAGCUUUGAGGGAGCAUUUUAAAUGAUGACAAACAAAAACAUCCUCUGGACUAAGACCUGAACACAUCACACAAUAUAGUAUCUCUUUCUCCUCAGGGCUUUGUGUAUCAUUUUCAAACUUGCUUGAAAAAAAAAAAACCCAAAAUAAGAUAAUAAUAACAGCAAGCAGCCCUCAGUCAGCUGUUGUGAUAAGAGUGUUAGAGUAGGUUGCGGUAGAUAGAGCUCAUUUGAAACUUUGUAUGAACUGAAGACUUGGAGGGCUCCUAUGGCUUUGGGCUUUAUUCUCCUUCCACCUCACCCUUUUUACACUGCUUGUGAGCCAAACAGGAAGACAAUAACUCUUGUGUAUUCAUGUACAUUUUUCAGGGAUGUAAAUACUUAAGUGUUUGUUUUGUGUUUUAGUCAGAAAUCCCUUUUCCUUUGAUCACGAUCAUCUGCCGGACAGAAAAUCAGUCAUUGUGAAAAACUCUUAAAGAGCAGGAGAGCUACAAAGAAGAAAUAUGUCAGUGUAGUUGUGUUAAUAAUGUAUGUGUGUACACUGUAAUUUACAUUUAUGACCAUGUGUAUAGAGAAAUAUUAGUAUUGUAAAAGAUUUAUAAUAUGUGCUAUUGUAUAGAAAAUAACUAAAUCUGUAUUAAAAAGGUCUAUCUCAG